UUGGCGCAUGCGCAGCGGUCGUGUUUGUAUGGAACGUUCUGGUGCCUGUGCGACAGUUAGCAGCCACAGUGAGGCGCAACCACAGCGGAGGAAGCCAGUGGACGACGACAAGGGAGCUAGCGGCCCUUUGGCUGAGCGUAUCUGGAUUUUGGGCGAAAGAAACAUAGGGUGCUAAAAUGACCAGAGGCAACCAGCGCGAGCUUGCACGCCAGAAGGCUGCCAAGAAGCAGACCGAGCAGAGCAAAGGCAAGCGGAACGAGGACGGGCUUUCCGCCGCCGCCAGGAAACAACGGGAUGCAGAAAUCAUGCAACAGAAGCAGAAAAAAGCAAACGAAACGGGGAAAGCAGGCACGAAGUCCAAGUGAAAAAUGACACGGAAGAAGAAUUAAACUCUCUGUUUUUGAGAACAUCACUCGAUCAGCAUUCUUUCCUGAUAUUUAUAAGAACGGAUCUGUCAGUUUUGUCUAGACUCGAGAAUUCAGGAUCCACCAAAUCUACCUGAGGAUUGCUUGUCGGAGUUACUUUCCAUGGUUAAAUUAAACAAACAUAUGGGUUAAGCCCUAACCCCCCCCCCCCGAAGCGGUGCUGCGUUCAGAGCACCAUCAGCGGCGUAAGCAGGAUGAAGUGGAGCAACUCUUGAUGUAAAAGCAUCUGUGUAACAGUUGUGUAUUUUUGUACAAAAAAAAGUGUCCCUUUCUGAUUUCAAAUAAAGUGUAUCUUUUUAGUUCAUGCUUA